UAAAAUUUGUCAGUAAAAGUCUCCUGAUUAGUUAUUAUCAAAGCUAAUAUCUUCCUAGUUAUUCUCCAAUUACCCCUUUAGCAACCAACACCAUGUCUUUCCUCUUUGGCGGCCCCCCCAAGAUGUCCUCGGCAGAGAAGAUUGCUGCCGCUGAGACCGAAGUUGAGAUGAUUUCAGACAUGUUCAACCGUCUGACCGAAUCUUGCACCAAGAAGUGCAUUCCCAACGACUACCGUGAGGGCGACCUGAACAAGGGUGAAUCCGUCUGCCUCGACCGCUGUGUGUCCAAGUUCUUCGAAGUCAACAUCAAGGUCAGCGAGAAGAUGCAGGGCGAAGCCGCCAACAAGCAGGGCGGCGGUAUGGGAUUCAGCAUGUAAAUGGAUGAGAAGUCUGCUGCCUCAUGGACAAACCUCCCUUCCGAAACAUAAUUUAUGUUCUUUUUACGCUCGAGUUUGCCUUUAUGUUGCUCGUGUCAGGCGCGGAUCUUGCCUUGGGUUUCAGAGAUCAUCUUUUGCCGGGAAGUGUUGCAUUUGGGUUUAGUUCUCAAGAUUGUCGAUUCCGGGGCACUCUAUGCCGGCUGGUUAUGAUCGCAGUCUGCAAGAUGAGUGCUGGGAUGAUAGAAGUGUUUGGGUCGGGGUCAUGGUUCUGCGCACGGCAU